UCCCGUCAUAUCAGGUGACUGGUUUCGAAAUAGGAAGGAUAACAAGUGUGGUCUGAAAUCAUGUUGAAGCUACUUGAACGAAUAUCUAUUCAGGAAAGUCCCCGAUUUCUUCACAGGAUAACAGAUGGAAUAUGUGGACAAAGUUUUCCACGGUUCCAGGACUAUUCCACCAUUUUUACCAUUGCCGAAUUUCUGGAGCUAGUUAAUGUGAUUACAGCGUUUUUGAAGACAGCAGUUGGAAAAAAAAUUAAUGAUGAAGAGUUGCAACAAUCCUUAAGUGGUCUUGACUCAAGUCAUCAACAAGCAAUAUGUCACUGCCUCCAGAGUAGAAGAGAAGAAAUAAGACAUUCUCUGAUUGAAAAAACAAAUGCAAUUUCAACAAGUCAGCUUCAGGAUUUUGACUGGCAGUUAAAGUUGGCUUUGUCAAGUGAUAAAAUAUCAGCAUUACAAGCACCUUUGGUGAAUCUUGACUUGGAUAUCAAAGAAAAUGGAGCAAUUACGCCACUGUCAAUUGAAAUGAACAAAGAAGAGCUACAAAAUUUAAUCAAUUCAUUAGAGGCUGCAAAUAAGGUUGUCCUACAGUUGAAAUAAAUCUUAAAUUUUACAUUGAAGCAGAAAAUUAAACCAGUCACCGCCAGUUAAGCAACUGAGAAGAACAAUGGCAUCAUCAAGUGCCCCUGCAUAAAAGACACAUACUGUACAAUUUCCAGCAGAUCCCAACAAAUAUAUGAGGAAAAUCCCAAUAUUUAGAGGGAAGCGUAUACAUGUGAAUUCUAACGAUAAUAUAAAGAAAGGUGUUUGAUGUUGCAGUCUAACUUUUUAUUUCCAUAAAGUGUACAAAGAUGGUAUAGUUUUGUAUUUUACAGUUUAGUGUAUGAAACUUUUAUAAACAUAUCAGGCUCUCAGUAACUUAAUUACACUUAAUUAGUUUGCUUAUACAUGUUCAUUAAAUAAGUAAUUGAUGUAACCAGCAGAAGGCUACUUAAAAGUUAUGUCUUUUUUUCUGUAUUAUACCAUCCAGGUUUGUAAAGAACAAUUACCUUUCGUCAUGUGUGUAGUGAAUAACAACAAAAACACAGGAAUACACUGAAGCGUGCUGUUAACUUGGGUAUCCCUAAAUAAAGAGCAAACACCUGCAAGUUGUUUUUUGUGCAUUGCUUAUAAUGAUUACAGAUUCAUUACGAACAAGAAUUACUGUAAUGCUAAACUUCACUUUUGAAAAUACUUUUUUAGAAGGAAUUUAAAGCUGGUAAUUAUUACAUUUGAUUAAUAUUGAAGUUUAUUAAGUGUUGUGCAAUUUAUAUUUUUGAUAAAUUUUUAAUAGUGAAGGUUUCUACCUGCAUUUCUAAAAGGGAAAAUAAUAAUUUUUCACUACUGCAGAUUACAAAUUGUGUUAAAAUGCACACAGGUCUAUAGUCAAAUAUGCAAGCAUAUAUGUACUUGUUUAUAACCAUAUGUUUUUUUUUGGGUAACAUUAAAAAUAAUAAACACUGAAGUUGACAUUGUAUAAAACUUAAGUACUGGUGGACUUUCACUUUGUAUUAAGUGUAGAGAUCUGAGCAUCUCCUCAGCACAGACUUUUAUAGGAGUGGACUUUCACUUUGUAUUAAGUGUAGAGAUCUGAGCAUCUCCUCAGCACAGACUUUUAUAGGAUUGAUGUAGUGGUGCAUAGUCCUUGUUUAUUUUAUAAACUCGUUCUUAUUUAAUAAGGUCAAGGUACUUCAAGUACAGUCAACAUGUUGUGAACUCUUUAAAUUUAAAAUUGUUACACAAAAUUUAACAGACUUGUUAUCAGUUAAGCAAAUCUGAGACAAUGCGCUGAUACAGCACAUUGCCGCACCCACCACAUGAUAAACCAACUCAGGAACCCAGAUUAGGACCCAGGUGCAGCCAUGCGGUGGGUGACACCUCAGCACCACACUAGUUCAGAUGGAAUGGAACCAGCGUGAGGUUUAUGUUGACUGGAGUGCCAAUUCUGCCAUCAACCCCAAGGUUUUUCCCUGCAGGUUGGAGGGCCUAAAUGCAGGGCUGGAUGCAGGUUAACAUCAUACCCAGGACAGAAAUCUGAGACAGAUGUACAUUAAUAUAGAAGGAGGGAUAGAUAAAACAAUUUAUCAAAAUGGACAAGUAUACACAAGGUGAGCUAUUCACCAUUAUAGUUCAGAAAGAGUGAAGUAGAAUAUUUUAAAGUUGAUCAGAAGGGUCUUGGAGCUGUGGUUGGAUUAUGUGAUUUACCUUUAUAAAGUUUUUGGCUGCUGUCAGCAAAAGUCAUCUGACUGAUCAUAGCAAUGUGGUGGAUGUGGUGUACAGUACUGUAUGAAGGUUUUAGGCCACCCAAAAUAUUUUUUUAAGCUAGUUUAGGGAGUAAUGUUUGUUUGUUUGUGAAAAGAAUAUAUAACACAAAUAAACAUUGAUACCACAGAACAG